CGGGGUGUGAUCUUUACAAAGGCCACUGAAACACUUCCUCCAGAGAGCCCUGAUCGGAGACAACUGGGGCUAGAGGGGGAGGAAGUGUCCCGUUUGAACUUUUUGGUGAAAAAUCUAUUCAGUGACACAAAACUCUGAAUCAUCUAUCAACUUCUCCAUUCUUUUUGCCUGUGCUGAUUUCAGGCUCUCUGGAUGCAAAUUGGCAGGAUCACCUAGCAGAUUAAACCCCCCAUGCAACUCUGCGAUUGUUGGUAUUGAGACAAAAGGAGAAGUUGGUCCAUAUGGCCAGGAGCUGGAGAAAGUCAUCGAUCCGAGCCAGCCGCGGGACCGUCGGAGGCUAUUUCCUGGCUGGACGGUCCAUGACCUGGGUGCCUAUUGGAGCAUCCCUGAUGUCGAGCGACGUGGGCAGCGGCUCGUUCGUGGGGCUGGCGGGCACUGCAGCAGCCGGGGGUCUUGCAGUGGGGGGCUUCGAGUGGAACGCCAUCUGGCCACUGCUGGCUCUGGGCUGGAUCUUCGUGCCUGUUUACAUCGCAGCAGGAGUUGUCACCAUGCCUGAGUACCUGCAGAAGAGGUUUGGAGGGCAGAGGAUACAAAUCUACAUGUCCGUGCUGUCCCUGCUUAUCUAUAUAUUCACCAGGAUAUCCUCAGACAUUUUUGCCGGAGCAUUGUUCAUCCAAAUCUCUUUGGGCUGGAACAUCUACUUGUCCACUGUGCUCUUGCUAGCAGUGACUGCUGUCUACACCAUUGUUGGGGGCUUGACUGCUGUGAUUUACACAGACCUGCUGCAGACUGUGAUCAUGGUGCUGGGAGCUUUUGUCCUCAUGUUCAUAGGAUUUGAAAAAGUUGGCUGGUAUGAAGGACUUCAGAAGAAAUACAGCACAGCAAUACCAACGAUCACAGUCCCAAACACAACCUGCCACCUCCCACGUGCAGAUGCCUUUAGUUUGUUCAGGGAUCCCAUCACAGGAGACCUUCCCUGGCCUGGCCUUGUAUUUGGUCUUACUGUGGUGGCUCUUUGGUUCUGGUGUGCUGACCAGGUGUCGGUCCAGAGGGCUCUCUCUGCCAAGAACCUCUCCCACGCCAAAGGCGGAUCAGUAUUUGCAGGAUAUCUGAAACUCCUCCCUGUGUUUUUCAUUGUCAUGCCAGGAAUGAUCAGCAGAGCCCUUUUCCCAGAUGAAGUGGGCUGCGUGGACCCAGAGAUCUGCAAAAGGGUCUGUGGAGCUGCCGUGGGUUGUUCCAACAUUGCCUUCCCCAAACUGGUGAUUGAACUCAUGCCCGCUGGGCUCCGGGGUUUGAUGAUUGCAGUGAUGAUGGCAGCCCUGAUGAGCUCCCUCACCUCCGUUUUCAACAGCAGCAGCACCCUCUUCGUUAUCGACAUCUGGCAGCGCGUCCGCAGGCAGGCCUCCGAGCAGGAGCUGAUGAUUGUGGGAAGAGUCUUCAUCAUCAUCGUUGUGGUCAUCGGCAUUCUCUGGAUCCCAGUCAUUCAGAUAGCCAACAGUGGGCAGCUCUUUGACUACAUUCAGUCUGUAACCAGCUAUCUGUCCCCACCAGUCACAGCCCUCUUCAUCUUGGCAAUCUUCUGGAAGAGGGUUAAUGAGCCUGGUGCUUUCUGGGGCCUCGUGGUUGGGCUGGCUGUCGGUCUGGUUCGGAUGAUCAUGGAUUUCGUGUACACCGCCCCGUCGUGUGGGGAGGAGGACAGGAGACCAGCUCUGGUAAAGGACGUGCACUACCUCUACUUCGCCCUCAUCCUGUGUGCCCUCACUGCCAUUGUCACUGUCACCAUCAGCCUCUGCACCGCACCCAUCCCUGAAGAGAAGCUGGACAGCCUCACAUGGUGGACCAGGCACAAAAAAGCACCUGCCACAAACCUGGAAGAUUGCAAGAAUGAAGCAGCAGAGACCAAAGCAGAAGACAGAGAGAAGGAGCUGGAGGAAACUGCAGCUUCAGGCAAUGAGGAGGAGGCAGCAGCCAGCCCUCCCUGGUGGAAAAUGCUGUAUCUGUGGCUCUGUGGGCUGCCCACCAGCCCCACGCCCAUCCUGUCCCAGGAGGAGAAAGCUGCUCUGGAGCAGAGACUCACCAGCAUCGAGGAGGAGCCCCUGUGGAGGCACGUGUGCGACGUCACUGCCAUUCUCCUGCUGGCCCUCAACGUCUUCCUGUGGGCCUAUUUUGCCUGAGCUGGGGUCAGGAAUCCCAUGGCUUUGGUUGCUCUCACCUUCCUGUCUGAGCUCCUGGUGGCUGUCCCUGAGGCGCUGGCAGCACAGCCCUUCCCUGGAGGCACCUCUUGCUGGAAAUGACUGUGGGGCUCAGUUUCUCCUUGAGCGGUGACCAAGAGUCGGCACUGGUCACACCUGGGGUGCAGGGGUGUGUGGGACGGGAGGUGGGACAAGUCAGGAGGUUUGGGGUCAAUGUUUCAGGGUGCAGAGCUGAGCCCAGCAAAGACUUUGGAAAGCCCAGCUGUGGCAUGGCUGGGGCCUCUGUCAGGGCUGACUUUGCACUGCUGUGCUCAGGGGAAGGGAAGGAGUUCUGGUGUACGGUGGUGUGGGGAAGGAGACUUAAACACUAGUUGUGUUUUUUUAUAUGACCCAAAUUUGGAUGGGAUCGGUUGGGGAACACUGGAUUAACUCAGCAGUGACAACCUUGGCUCCCACAGCCUCCCCACAAUCUGCAUGGGACCCCUGGCAUCAGCAGUGGGCACAGGGGGCUUCUUCCUGCUCCCCGAGUCCCCCAUCCUGUCCCCUCUGCUGAGGGCUGGGCUCACACCAGCCUGAGCCCAUUUCCUCCUAGGGCUGAUGCUGCCCUUUAACAGCAUUUCCAGCAAUAAAUGUGUCUGAGCAACCAAGCCAGUCCUGGCUGUGGGUUAUUGUGGUGAUCUGUCCUGCUCUGACAUACAAAGGGCUCCCUGGGACCACAGUGACCUGGCUGUGGCAGCGAAAAGAACUUUCCUUCCUUGGGGCCUGGAUCACGAGCUCAUUUCUUGAGCAAGUUUGGCCUUUUCUGAUCCAUCUUGGUGCCACCACGUUAGCGUGGCACAGCCAAAAUCCUUGAGACCACGAAGAGACAGCAGCACCCAGUGUUAGCAUCAGUGCCUGGAGAAGGCUGAGAAUGCCCACAGGGAUGUGUCCUGCAUCCAAAGGGCAGGACCAAUUCACCAUGGGCUGUGUGGGGAGGUGAGGACACACGGAGAGGCACAGCACGGUAAAGAUGAAGAAAAUGAGUCAGCAAGGAGGGAAGAAGCAUGGCUGUGUUUCCACCAGGUACAGGGAAUUUGGGCCAUGAUUUCCCUGCUUAUCCUCAGUUUGGAUGGAACAGGAUGGGGUCUGUGCUGGCCUCAUGCAAGUCAGUAAAAGCAUUUGCUCAUUCUAAGAGGAAAAAGAUUUUCUUUGAACGAGGGAGCUCUGGGUGCCAUGAGCUGCCCAUCCAUCCCCAUGGGAAGAAGGACACAACACAGAGCUGGUCUUGCUUUUCCAAUAUUCAGUUUCAAGCAAGCCAUGCCCAGAUCAGAGGGUGCCUCAAAACAUUUAGAGAAAAACAAGUUACCAGCAGUGAUUAAUAGCUGGCAAAUGUCUGAUAAUAACAGGUCCAUUUUUAGUGCAUUUCGAAAUACCAGGGCUCUCACCUCCUCACCCUGGACCACAGCAGCUCUCAGCUCGAAGGCUUUAUUGGUUUUUUUUGGACCACACAUCCCCUUAAAGCACAGGAGAGCUACACAGAGCAGGAUGAGGAAAAUUGGGGCAGUUUUUUUAACAUUUGAGAUUGUUUUUUUCCCCUAAGAAACAAUCAGGUUUUUAGAGAAUAGAACUGAAUUUUAUUAAGCUUUUUUAUUUUUUUAGUGACAAAAUAUGUGAUGAGUUCUUCCCAUUUCACCCCAUGGAUCCUUGAAGGUAACUUUUCCUUUAAAAUGAUGAUGUUAUGUUGGUUAAACAGAAUAAUGCACUUUGAGAGCUGUGACUGCAUCUCUGAGCUUGGCCCUGAGGAGGAGAGGAGACACCCACAGUGCCAGCUGCAGCCAGCUGUGCACCCCCAGGAGGAACACAUUUCAUUGGGAAACUUAUUCGACUUCACUACUCUGCUUUGAAGCACUGAAGUGAAACAAAACAGAAAAGAAUGAUUGGGGAGGGGAAGUUGGAGAGGUUUUAUGGAAAUAAAGCAAAGUUGUCUCAAAACAUCUUGACCUUUGCUUGUGUUUUCUAGGGAAACAAUGUAAUUAGCUGAAAAAAAAAAGAAUUAAAACCAAAUCAAUCAAAAAAUGAAACUCCCGCGGAACAGGAGCACUGUGCAGGCUGGUUGUGGCAGCAGGGGAUGAGUUGUGGUGUCCUAACAAGAACACAUCACUCUCAGGCUCUAACCAAUAUCCAAGUGCAUUGGCAGCAGAUGUUAUUAAUGAUGCCAAUACAUAUUUUCUUAUUAAUCUUCCAUACUAGGCUUGUGUCUAUCUGCAAAUGAUUAUCAUUCAUUUUCCUGACAAAUCUAUCAAGAUCAUUUAUUACUGUUCGGCAAAGGAUCUUCUUUUAAACAAAGAUUAAUAACAUUGCAUUUUAUCUGGCUGGCUGAGCCAAAGGAAAUGAAAUUAACAAUGAGCCCUACAAACAUGUCAUCACUUUAAUUUACCGGAAAAUAUUUUAAAAUGUUAUUUAAAAGAAUAUACGCUGUGGUGGGCACAGUUUAUUACAAAGGAAUGGAAUCAAACCACAGGCAUGUUAGCAGGGUGGAGAGCAGGCAAACAGGGCACUGUGAAUUCUCUGGUUCCUCGCACUGGAGUUCUGGGACAAGGAGGGAGAGCCCCCCACAGCAUCUUUGGCACCACAGAUGGGCACCUGCCCAGGGGAACUGCAGCUGGAGGUCCCUGUUCCUCAGGUAAAGUGAAAGUGGGUCCUAACCAGGAUCAUGGCCCUCAUUCCUGCAGGGAGCAGUGCCCUCCCUGUGCUCUUACUGAAGGGAACUCCGCCAGGGUAAAGCUCGUGGGGUUCUCAGGGAGAUGAGGUCACAUGUGGGCUGAGUGCCAGCACCCUUCUGUACUUUUGCUCCCCAAGACAAAAAGAAACAAUCUCAACAAAUUUAUGUGGUUUAGUUGCCUUUCUUCUGCACUCUCUUCUAAAUUUCCCUUCCCCUCUUUUGAGUAAAAAAACAAAAUAAAAGUAACAACAACAAUAAUUAUAAUAAUAACACCAAAGAACCUAUCAGCAUUCCCUUCCUACUCUUAUUGGUAUGGGUCUAAAACCCUUAGAGGGGAGCAGGAAGCCCUACAGCCAUCCAGUGGCUCUUUAAUUCCUGCUUUGGGAUCCCAUAUCACAUGAAGCCACCUCCAUGCCUUCCUCCCUUUGUCUCGC